GAUAGAGCAGCAGAGCUUGUUCCCGUUUUACUCCCUGAUAUCCACAAGUACUAUGUUGGCGGCCAGAGGAUCGCUCACGCGAGCUCUGGCUCUCAUUUCCAUCACCCUAAUUCUAUCCAUAUAUUUCUUAUCUAAGCGGUCAACCACUCCUCCCAGUUUGAAUCAAUCCAACUCUCUCUUGUCAUCUGACGAAAUCAGCUUCCGAUCUGCUUGCGAUGGGGUGAACUUUGAUUCCAUACGAGACGAUAGGGCAGUAUGGGAUGGUGCAUCGUACAAAUCUUUCAUAGUAGCUAGGGAUGGCUCGCUGACGUUACCAGAGCUCGAUAUAUCUGCUGGGGAUUCUGUUUGUGUGGUUGUUUUGUUACCUCUAACACCUGCCUUGACCCCUCACUUUGUAUCUUCUAAUCUCAGCCCCCCUGACAGCAUCCUUACCUACGCUAUUAGCACCACCAUCCGAUAUCCUAUCGAGCUGAAGCAACAUUACAGAGCUAAUAAUUUAUACUAUGGAUCAGCUUACUUCCCCCAUCCUGAUAUAUACCACCUCAAGCAUACGGUCGAACAUCGAUCUCACUUUUGGUUACAACCAUCUCGCCAUCCAUAUAAACCCAUCAAUUUUGAAUCCUCAAACCGUGUUCAUGUCACCGCUCCCGAUUUCAACGUUACAAAGUUACCUACCUGUAAUCCUGCGAACCCCGAGUCAUUGAACGGAAGAUGGAUCAAAAAGACGAAAUAUCAAACCCUCUAUCCAUUUGAUUUUUAUGGCAUGUUUGAUGAAAUCCAAGAAGAUCAUGCUUUACAUGAUUAUCUAUUUGUGCCGGAUUGGUGUCGUCUGGAAUAUACCAGCAUUGGCCAGGGAACCCGCUGCCUUGAUAAGAAGACCGUUCAUGUAUGGGGAGACGGUCAUGUUCGACGUAACCUCAAAUCUAUUGCUACAGCCGAUAGAUGGUGCGACGCAGAAAAAGGCGAAUGCAUUUGCAAUGAUGAUGGAGAAGCCUUUGACACGUUUAACUGGAUGCAAGAUCCCCUAGUCCCUGUUCACUUUAACAGCUCUUGGCAAGUUGAUACCCAAUUACAUAUCUUGCAAGCCGGCACUAUCACUGGAUCAGAUUGGACUACUCGUUUUGCAGAAUCGACAGAAAAACUACCUCAAGCUGAUCUGGUGAUCUUCUCACUUGGUAAUCUUGAUAUUGCGUCCCUUCAUGUUGAGCCACAAGCUUUCAAAGACGCCCUUAUCCCUUUCGCCAAGGCGCUGAAGGAAGCUUAUCCAACGCAACGUAUCGUCAUUCGAACACCUCGACAAUUCGCAGGUGCGGUGUUGCAAGGAACUGGCUGGAGCGCUGGACGCAGUCAACUGUUUGCUGAAUUGAUCAAGGAUGAAUUGCAAGACUUGCCCAAUAUCGUGUUUUGGGAUGUGGCAAAAUUAGGCGUUGCAGACUACACAUGUCUACAAGCCUCCAACAAUAACUAUGCCCAUCGUCAGCUUGUUAGUGUUGAGAAUCUACUGCUUUGGAACGCCGUUUGUUACAAGGACACCACUACUUCUUGAUCGUAAAAGCCUAUGAUUUUCACUUUAUCCUUUUUCGUUCAAAGGAAACGGCUAGACUUGUGAUUGAUUUUUUUUUUUUUACAUAUAUAUAUAUUUUGCUGUAAAUGUGCGAAUUAAACCGUUUGGCUGUGCUGCUUA